AUGUCUGCUGCUACUGCUGGGGACGACGAGGGUAACAGCUGGUUCAACGCUGGUAACUUGCAUGUUUUGAAACCUAGCAGUCACUUGUGUGUCGAGGCAGUGGUGGUGGCGACGACAAUCAUCGUGGCGGUCGAGCGGCCACAACGACAGGCAUGUGACAUUGCGUCGGCGGAUGGCCGCGAAAACGUCUUGGCCGACCCCAUCUUGGCCAUCAUCGUCUUAGCCAUGAUCGAAAAGAUCAAUGUCUUCGUUGCCAUCGAGUCCCUCGACCAGCUGGGAGAUAUGAUCCCUUUGGCAAGAACCAGUCUUGUUUUCUGGCGCCCUCGCUCCAAGCGUCGUGAGUAG